CUGGCACUCAUUAGGGGUCCGACAUUUCCGGCCAAACCCGGACUAAGACACGAUAUGCGUCCCUUUGAUGGAGAUACAAAGAAAAUGACUUCCUUCGGGUUUUCCUUCAUCUUUUUCAUACUGGUACCUCACACAAUCUCCUUUGGACGAUGUGAAGAUAUUUCCUUCUCGAUAUGCUGGAUGAGCAAGGACGGGGCUCUGGACAGGCAAAAUGGCAACAUUUGGCUCAAUGAGACGGCUCUAAGAUCCAUCAGGAGGGUGGGUAAAGUGAGCUCCCUGACGGUGCCCCUGGCUGUACAAAACAAGCUAACACUUCACUACGGAGGCUCCGCUCAGGCAUGGACUUUAAGAAUCACCCCACGCACAAAGUUCACUGAAGUCAGAGGCCGACAGAAACCCUUACGUCAACCAACAAGUGCCACCAAGGACCUCCUAAAUUUACUGAGUCCUGCUGAGGUGUUUGCAUGUGAGAACGGCACCGUCUACUUUCACCAGGACGACAACUUCUUCCUUGCAUUUGGCCACACUGCACGUCACCCUGUCAAGCUGGAGUCCAGGUCUGCGUCCAUGUUGCUGGUCUCCUGGGUGGAGAACCGGCCAGCAGCCGUCGGCAGCAGCCACACCGUGACUCUCUUCCACAAUGAACUGGGCUCCUAUAGCACUCUCAGCAAGGGCACCACCACCAACAACCACUACCGCUUCACAGCUCUGGACUCCUGCAGCCCCUACGUGGCCUGCGUGGAGGCUGCAGGCUCUCACUCCUUCACCUGCCUCUCCACUAUUACUGACCCUGACAUUCCCAAGGACUUCGAGGUGACGUCAUGGAACAGCAGCAGCAUAUCGUUGGCCUGGGACUGCCCUAAGAACCGAAAGUUCUCGUCCUUCCUCAUCACUGCCUUCUACGUCAACAGCGCAGACCGCAUCACAGAGGAGGUGCUCUUUUGGCACAAGGAGGACAACUUUGAGUUCGUCUUAUCGGACCUGGAGCCUUGCAGCAGGGUUAAGUUUGGCCUGCAAACAGUUUGCCAAGCGGGGAUGGAGUCCCGCUACAGCAAGAUGGUCCUGAACGAUGGAAAUUCCGCUCACUCCAGCAUCGAGGCCUUGCGUCAGACAUCGUUUGGCCCAGACAACUACACCCUGAGCUGGGAGGUGAGGAACACCUCGUCCAUCUCUGCUUUCAGAGUCUACCACGAGGGGGCUCUGCGGGGCACAACGCUCGUCACCAGCUUCACUGUGGGGGGGCUGUUGCCGUGCCAACAGUACCAGGCCCAGGUGGAGGCGCUGUGUGGAGACAGUGUGGUCAUGAGUGCCAAGACAGUCACAGCACACACAGGACCUCUUGGUGUGUCCCAGCUAAGGUAUCGCUCCAACGACUCCACCGCUCUGUGGACGCAAGGCACCACCCACCAACAAGCUGUGGCAUUUCUAUAUGAGCUUUCUGUGGAUAAUGGCACCAUCAUCCAGAGUAGCCACGUGACUGAUGCACAGCUGCAUCUCCCCGGGCUGGAGGAGGGGAAGUCCUACGUCCUCGACGUGUGGGAGAUAUGUGAUGGAGAGUGGGAGUCAGAACACUCUCAUGUGGGGUUUGACGGAGCUAAUUCAUCCUUCAAGCUUCUUGUGAGGGCUGUUGGACCUUCUCUGACCCAAGAGUUGCAGUUCGAUGUACCCAACAUGGUUCUCACAUUGGUCGUGCCCUGGGGACUGCCCGAGGAUCUGCAGGACGACAUGUCAGAACCCAGAGCGAAGAUGGGAAAGAUUUUCAAAGAUAAGUUGCAGGAGCUGUUGAGCGGCUUCGAUCAGCCAGCCCGCGUCGAGCUGGUCACCUUCGAACCCGCAGAAGAGCCAGACAAAACCGAGAUUCUGUUUAUGUCUUACGACGCGUCAAAAGCUGACAAAGACGUGCUGCUGCCUGUUGAGGAUCAGCUGGAUUACAUCCACUCCCUGAAUACAAAUGUGACAGUCACAGAUGGGGUCAUUUACUGGGACGGUCCAGAUCUGUGCACUUCCUCCAAAGAAACUCUGUGUCCUCGUAAUUCUCUGUGCAUCAACACUCUGGGCUCCUACACCUGUGUGUGCCAACAUGGCUACUACGACGUGAGCGCCGUCAUCAAGCGGCCUGCAGCUGCACAGCCAAUCUGCAACGACAAAGGCCUUUUCAGCCAGUGUCAAGAUAAACUGGUGACUGGUGGAAUAGCCAAACUCUACCUGACUUCUUACCUCGGGGGAAACGUUGAUGUACAACUGAACGACGGACGGUGCAGUGUGGAUGAAAGUGAGAUGUUCUACUUCUUCCACACCUCACGAAAAGCCUCUGAGUGUGGAACUGAGAGGAAGGUAAACAAAACCCACAUUGAAUUUCAAAACACUCUGAGGGUGACCUUGACCAAAGAGCAAACCAUCAGCCGGCGGGACCUAAAGGUCGUCUGGAAGUGUGUCUACCCACGACAUUAUGUCCGCAACGCUCAAGUCAGCGUGGAUACGGAGUGGCUCUCCUCAGUCUCCCUGGUGGAGUUCAACUCCUCCCUGCGGCUGGGCCUGACCAUGACCCUGUACACCGAUGAGUCAUACACCUCCCGCUACACAGACGCUAUAACCAUGGAGCUUGAGGACACUCUGUUCGUGCAGGUGGCGCUGCAGACCAACAACUCUUUUGCCUCAGACGUGCUCCUGCAGGUGGCGUCAUGCUGGGCCACUGAGAGCGCCGACCCACACGAGACGGAGCAGGGGGUCCUUCUUCAGGAUGGCUGCGCGGUUGACAACACGUUCCACUGGCUCUCUGUUAACGGCCUGGCACAGACGAGCAGGUUUUCCAUUCAGAUGUUCACCAUGCCCAAAGGCUUGCCUCUCUACAUUCACUGCCUGGCCAACGUAUGUGGACUUGGUGAAGACUGUACAAAGAAUUGCAGCAGCCAGCAGCGCGCCAAGAGGUCAGUGAGCCACCUGGACAAAGAGGGGAGACGAGCUGCUGUUGUGUCUGCUGGACCUCUGGUGGUCAGCAAGAGGAUGACAUCAGAAGGCCCAGCAUCAUACUGGGCAGAACACAUGACAAUGAUCUCCAUUGUGGCUGGAUCAAUAGGUUUUCUGGGAGUUACCAUACUCUUAGUGAGUGCAACCAAAGCAAUUAUGACUUACUAUGAGAGACUACGGCUGCAAUAAAAAAAAAGAGUUUGAA